UUUUGUUGAGUGAGCCAGUCGACAAGAACGAACUACAGUUUAAGACGCUGAAGAUCACCGACUUUGGCCUGGCACGAGAGGUGUCCAAGACGACCCGCAUGUCUGCUGCAGGAACGUACGCCUGGAUGGCCCCUGAGGUCAUCAAAACAUCUACUUUCUCCAAGGCGUCAGAUGUGUGGAGCUAUGGCGUGUUACUUUGGGAACUCCUGACUGGGGAAACUCCAUACAAGGGGAUCGACACGUUAGCGAUUGCGUAUGGAGUUGCCAUGAAUAAACUGCGACUCCACAUACCAACUACGUGCCCGUCUAACUGGAGAAGCUUAAUGGAAGCGUGUUGGGAACAAGAGCCUCAUUCCCGGCCGACCUUUGAGACCAUCCUCAAGAAACUCGAUGAGAUCAGCCGGUCUAACUUCACUCAGACGCCCCAUGAGAGCUUCCACACUAUGCAAGGCCACUGGAAGGUGGAAAUCGAGGAGAAGGUCAAUGAGAUUAGGAUGAAGGAGAACGAUCUGCGGUGUAGAGAGGAAGAAGUAAGGAGAGUACGGGUACAGCAGAAACAGAUAGCUGAGCAACUCAAGAAACGCGAGGAAGAGCUACAUCACAGAGAACUGGACCUCCUGCAGAGAGAGAUCUCCAUCGCCAUCAUCCAGCAGCAGUCGGCCAAGCCCACGCCAAAGAAACGGAAGGGGAAGUUCAAGAAGAAGCUCCUCAACAGGUCACACCAGAUUUCAGCUCCGUCAGAUUUCCGACACAACAUCACAGUGCAGCCGACUGCGGGUGUUGUGCUUAACCCUUCGAGUCCCGACAGCCCCCCAGGCUCCCCUAGUGUGCCCAGACUCAGGGCCAUUGCAUUACCAGCCGAUGGCGUGAAGGGCAAGACAUGGGGUCCCAGCACGGCGCAUCAGAAGGAGCGAGGCCACAUCAUCCCGCAACAGCACGACAACCAAAAACGAUGGAGUAAGUCGGCGCCCAAUCUAGAGAAGCCAUUACGGCCCCUCCCUUAUACCGCCACCAUGACGGGGUUGAAUCAGAUCACAGCGUAUGGUCCUGAGAUUGAUUACAGCGGUGAAGACGGAGGAUGGACAGCCAAACCUGUGCCCUUGCGACCCCUACCAGUCCCUACCCUUUAUAACGGUACAACUCCGGAGACCAAGGGACAGCGACCCAAAUAUUCACCUCUCGAGCUGAUUGUCUAUAAUAUUGCUGCGAUGUUGGCAAGUGUGGCAGCCGGAUAUGAUGUGCGGUUGUCGAAUGUCACUGCGGUUCAUCCAAAGCUGUUACCAGUGAAGGCUGAGGAAGAUGACGCAGAGUACCAGAGAUGGCUGAGUAUGAGUGAGUAUGAGUUCUCAAGUCCGUCAGGAUAUGCUCACAACACCUACCACGGCCCAACCAGACACUCGCGGCCAGCCCUGGUGCUGGAACCUAAGCCAAUCAGGUUCACCGAUUCUCCGCAACAUUUUGCCGGCCAAGCUGCUUUGCCCUCUUCCCAACAAGGCCCAAGGAGAAAAUCGUCCUCCGCGAGUAACGACAGUGAGCAGGUGGCAAGUUACAGUGGCGGUGGGCAGCGUACUGUGUACAUCCCGGGCCCAUCUGAUUACCUGUGUCCAGAUUAUCGCAGCGAGCAGCAGAUGGUGAUCUGGAGUGAACGGGGUGACCACUCUGCCCACGUGACCACCGUGCAACAACGACCGCCCUCGCCAGUGCCUGAUGCCCCAGUGUACAGGGAGAUGUACCAGCACUUUCCUGGGGACUUCCGCUCAGAGCCAGUUGGCUACUACUACAGUGAACGGGGUUACCAUGAUCCACCUGCAGAGUAUCGUGCCAGCGUGCAUUACGAGCAACGGAUUUACCCCCAAUAUGUCCGUCGUCACACUUCGGCGGCGGCAGCGGCAGCAGCGGCAGCCAGUGGGGAUGGAGGAUACCACGCCUAUGACAACCCUUCCACCUCAGUAUCCUCAUCAUCAACAUCCACCAACCCUCGCACUCCCUCCAGAUUGAAUUUCCAACAUAGGCGUACUCCAUCUUCAGUGUCAAAUGCUUCCACAUCUUCUUCAAAUAUCAACCCAUCCUUCAGGCUAGAGGAUGAGGGUGAUAGCUCAUAUUCCACGCCGACGCACCGCAAUGGACACUAUGAACUGUUAGGAGGACCGGCCCCUCCUCCCAGAGUAUCCCGUCAGAAUUCUCACGAGUUGGACCGUAUGGACAGACCAGGAACGCUGGAUCUGCCCCGGCACCACCGCUCGUCUCUAAGGAAGUCAAAUUACACGUAUGGCAGGUCCUCCCCCAAGCCUCGUAGUGAUCGGAGUGGGUCUGGGGGCUCAGGUGGGGGCACACCUACAAACCCCACGCCGCCAGACAGUAUGACAAGUGAGGACAGCAGCUAUGUCAGUGCCCCAGACAUGUACUCUGGUGGCUCUGGGGGAAAUUCAACUGGUGGGGGACGUGUUAGAUUCUCACCCGCUUCUCACAUUCUUGGAUCAGAGGUUCCUCGACACACUCUCUUGGACAUGCCUGUAGAGGGACAGAGUCAGGACACAACAGAGCCUCUGACAGCUCUACAGCAUGCCAUUAGGCACCGUGAGCAGCAAGGCCUACUCUCACAACCAAAUUCAUGGACAGCUUUUGAUGAUGGCAGUGACGAGAGGUUGUAGCAGCUCUCCACUUGAGCCACCAUGCUCUCAGGGGGGGCACAAGCCCAGUUAACAUUCCAGGCACAUUAAGAGGACGGUUCAUAAGUUUCUUUCAAGUAUUGCUUUAUAAUAGUAGGAAAGAUUGAUCCCUUUGGAAAGUUUGUGGAUCUUGUAAAUUACCUACUUAUUCUCAUUAUCUAUUUGAGACAAUUGGAGAGUGGUUCAGGAAACUAAGUCAUCUGUUUCAUAAAGGAACUUAGAAAACAGUGGAAGUGGAGAACUGUCCUUGUCGGACUUUCCCCCGACAGUUGUGGCGUAUGUGUUGUAAUCACUGUGCUCAAGCUUUCAGUUUUAUGUGGUUUGAUGAGAGCAGUGUAUAUAGUAGUGCCAUCUAGUUAUUUCUACUUGGUCAGGAUUGCUAUCAUUCCUAUCAAGUCACAACUUCUGUGAUCCUUGGGCAGCCUUUGUGUAACUUUUCACCUCUUAGAAUGAGUACCUAGUAUAGCAGUGGGAAGGAAGGAACAUAGAAGAAGAAGAAGAAGAAGAAGAAGAAGAAGAAGAAGAAGAAGAAGAAGAAGAAGAAGAAGAAGAAGAAGAAGAAGAAGAAGAAGAAGAAGA